AUGGCCUCGUCGAGUCAGCCCUUGCUGGAGCUGCAGGGACCACUGCUCCCACUCAAGGACAUGGUGGAGGAGGAAGACGAAUAUUUAAGGGAGGACGCGGAGGAGGACGAAGACACGGUGUUUCUAGACGCAGAGGAGCUUUGCAGUGGGGGCGUAAAUGCUGGUAGCCUCCCUGGGCUGCUCCGUGUUUCUGUGUUUGAUGAAAACACUCAGGAGAAAUGUGACGUGUUUGGACGUUUUCCAUUAACUGAUGCUUGGUGGCGAGUGAAGGUACAGGUAAAGCCAGUAGGAUCAAGGAGCUAUCAGGUUCAAGGAUUUCCAUCUUACUUUUUACAGUCAGAUAUGUCACCACCAAAUCAAAUCCACAUCUGUUCCCUCUUUCUUAAAGAGUGUAAUGUCUCCAGUGAGCAAAGAAUUAAGUUUUUUACAUGGUUAAAUAAUAAAUCAAGGUAUAAAGACCUCAAUUUUGAAAAUCUUAUGGAAAACUUAAGAACUUGGCAAGAGGAAAUUGAAGGGAAUAGUCAAGAACAGUCUACGCAGAAAACACAAGAGUCACCACCAGGUCAUGAGAUGCCGCUUCCUCUGGAAUUCACAUUUCCAUUUAAAACGGUGAUGAGAGCUUUGCAGUUUCCAAAAAUAAUGGAAUUCCUUCCAGUUCUUCUGCCCCGACACUUCAAACAGCUCAUAACCUCAAAUUCUAUAGAGGUAUUGCAAGAGAUAGAAGAGAUUUUAGGUACACAGCCAUGGAAACUUGGAUUUCGUAAAAUAACCUACAGAGAACUGAAGCUUUUGCGAUGUGAAGCAAGUUGGACGUCGUUUAGUCAAUGCAAGUCUCUUUUCCAGUUGAUGACGGAUUUGGAGAAGAAUGCUUUAAUAAUAUAUUCUCAACUGAAGCAGAUAUGUAGAGAGCAGGGGCACACGUGUGUUGAAGAAGCUGACUUAACUUUUCAACUAUCAGACCUCAUGUCUUUUCACGAUGCUUGGCAGUCUCUGAAGUUCUUGAAGGAUAUUGGUGUGGUGACGUAUGAGAAGGGCUGUGUCUUUCUUGAUGACCUUUACCAGGCUGAGAGAGGCAUUGCCUCUUCAGUCUGUGACUUGAUGACCAGGCCCCCAUGGCAAUUACAGGUCGAUGUCAAAAAGGUGCUUGCAUCUAUUCCCCCAAGACCUGAGAAUUCAGGAAGUGAUGAUGCACUGAAUAAAAGUAAACCCAAUGAAACAAGAUUAGAAGAUCUUGUGGAUAUUUUGGACACGCAAGACAGCGGUGACCAUAUUUGGGAUGAUAGUGAAAAUGAAGUGAAUGCAGAAAUGAGUGAGGGUCAGCUGGAUCAAGACCAGAUGACUGCUCUGGACAUGAUUUGCUCCAAUGCUGUGACAGUCAUAAGUGGGAAAGGUGGCUGUGGGAAGACCACAAUUGUUAGCCAGCUUUUUAAGCACAUAGAGUUGUUGGAAGAAAGAGAAGUGAAAAAAGCUUGUGAAGAUUUUGAACAAGACUGGAAUGUACCAGAAGAAUGGAUCACCUUCACCGAGCAAAGUCAGCAGAAACAGGACAAGGCUAUAGAAGUUUUACUUACGGCACCUACAGGGAAAGCAGCUGGCUUACUGAGACAGAAAACUGGUUUUAACGCUUAUACACUUUGUCAGGUCAAUUAUAGUUUCUAUUUAUGGAAGGAAAAAAUAAAGACCAAGAACAGGCCAUGGAAAUUUUCUUCGGUUAGAGUUCUGGUUGUGGAUGAAGGGAGUUUGGUCUCUGUAGCAAUCUUCAAGUCGGUUUUAAAUUUAUUGUGUCAGCACUCCAAACUUUCUAAACUUAUUGUCCUUGGUGAUGUUAGACAGUUACCCAGCAUUGAACCUGGUAACUUGCUGAAAGAUCUUUUUGAAACUCUUAAAUCAAGGAAUUGUGCUAUUGAACUAAAGACAAACCAUAGAGCAGAAUCUGAACUAAUUGUGGACAAUGCUACAAGAAUCUCAAGACGCCAGUUUCCAACAUUUGAUGCAGAGUUGAAUAUCUCUGAUAAUGUGACAUUCCCUGUCUCAGUACAAGAUAAAUCAUUUAUUUUUGUCAGACUCCCAGAAGAUGAUGCCAGUUCUCAGUCCUCAAAAAGUAACCAUCAGUCUUAUUUAUAUUCUGCAGUUAGUACUUUACUCCAAGAAAAGGACCUAGAAGAUGUGAAAACCUCACAAUUUAUUGCCUUUAGAAGGCAGGACUGUGACGUGAUCAAUGCCUGCUGUUGCAAGCACUACACAGGACGUCUAAUCAAAAACCAUCAGAAUAGACUUGAAUUUGGAGUUGGUGAUAAAAUUUGUUGUACCAAGAAUGCAUAUCUCUCAGAGUUACUCCCUGAAAAUACCUUCAACAGUCAACACAAUAAUGAAUUAAAAGCUAGUGGUGAAGACUUUAAUGGUGGUACUCCUGGUUUUGCUAAAAAUAAGCAUGACUUUGAAAGUGGUACUCGACUCUGCAAUGGAGAAAUAUUUUUUAUAACAGCGGAUAAAACUGAUGUAACUUUUGGAAAGAAAAGAUUUUUGACCAUUAAUAAUAUGGCUGGCCUGGAAGUAACUGUGGAUUUUGGGAAACUAAUGCAAUAUUGUCACAUAAAACAUGCAUGGGCAAGAACGAUUCAUACUUUUCAGGGGUCGGAGGAGAAGACAGUUGUGUACGUGGUGGGGAAGGCGGGCCGCCAGCACUGGCAGCACGUGUAUACCGCCGUGACCCGGGGCCGCUGCAGAGUGUACGUCAUCGCAGAGGAGUCUCAGCUUCGGAGUGCCAUCACGAGAAAGAGCGUUCCUAGGAAAACUCGUUUAAAACAUUUUCUGCAAAACAAACUUUCCAGGAGCUGUACGUCUCCAGCAGAGUUUGCUUCCUCAUCAAAGAAUCCUGAAGAUAGCAGGGGACCCAGCACACAGCCGCCAGCAUCUCCACUGUCUACAGUCACAGCUGACACGGUGACAAAUGACAGCCCCGGAAGUGGGGACCCUGUGGCUGAUGACACGCUGCUUGCCUUUGCUGAAGGAUGGGAAUUAUCUUCACAUGAUGAAGUGGAUGCAACUAAGGAUCCGUCACAACUGAGAGGGUCCAAAAGAACAUGUUGCUUGCAUGAUGCUGAAAGUCCAAGCAAAAUUCUUAUGGUGGAAGAGUCAUCUCCACAAGUGUCUUCUAAGCUUCAGAAUCUGAGACUAAAUAGUUUAACCCCCAGGCAACUUUUCAAAUCCACAAAUAAUCAAGAAACUUAG